UUUCCUCGUGUGUGGUUGUGUGAGGGUCAUGCAGUCAAUCUGAUCUUUAUUAUUAUUAUAUUAUUAUUAUUGUGUCGUGUUAUUUAACUCUCGGAUCUGUGUCGUGAUGAUGGGCGGACGGAGCAGCACUCUCGCGGCUGGUGUGGGCGCGGCGCUGUUUGUCGGUUACUGCAUUUAUUUCGACAGAAAGAGACGAAGCGACCCGAACUACAAGAACAAACUCAGAGAACGAAGGCGAAAGCAGAAAACUGUUCAGGAGAAAGCUGGAUUGUCAAGGUUACCAGACCUGAAGGACGCAGAAGCCGUGCAGAAAUUCUUCCUGGAGGAGAUUCAACUUGGUGAAGAGCUUCUUGCACAGGGAGACUAUGAGAAGGGUGUGGAUCACCUGACCAAUGCGAUCGCCGUGUGCGGUCAGCCGCAGCAGCUCCUGCAGGUCCUGCAGCAAACUCUUCCUCCUCCAGUCUUCCAGAUGCUCCUCACUAAGCUGCCCACUAUCAGUCAGAGAAUCAUCAGCGCUCAGAGUGUGAGUGACGAUGACAUCGAGUAGAAGAAACUCUUGCAGCGUUUUGAGUUUGGGCCCUCCCUCUAUGACAUCACUUCCUGUCUGCUUUCAAACUACGAUCACUCAGUCCCGCCCCUUUGAAUCCAUUUGAGUGAAACACUGAACGCACACAUCUGAGUGUGUUAGAAAUCUCAUUGUAUCUGAAAGGUUUAGAGUUGUUUCUGUAAAAGCUGUUUCAGUGUAUUAGAAUGACAGAAAACAAGCAUGAACUGCAGACCUUGACAUUUCCUGUGUCAUUUGUUUUACUAACAAAGUUCUAGAAAUCAUGAAAUAUGCGAUGAAUUUAUAAAAUGUUAUUAUUCAUGGGCUCUCGGCCUUAGAUAAUCACAGACAGUAUGUUUACCGUCAUGUCAGGGCUGCUCAAGAGAAUGAGUGUGUGCUUCAUGUAUUUAAGUUAUUUUUAAAAGCUAUCAGACAUCUUGUGUGGUAUUGUGGGAUGUGAGGCACUUUUAAAUGUGCUUUGGCUCUGUUUCCUGUAGGGGAAGAUUCCACUUUUUUUUUUUUUUUUUUUUUAACAAAAAUAAAAACAUAAAUCAAUGUAU